AUGACCAUGGUCCUCCUCUUUGCCCCCAAAGUGCCAACCAACCAACAGGCCCAGGCCCAGGAAGUGGAGCAACAGGCAGCGGAGCCGCCUACCAACCAGCCCCAGGAAGUGGAGCCACAGGCAGCGGAGCCGCCUACCAACCAGCCCCAGGAAGUGGAGCCACAGGCAGAGGAGCAACCUACCAACCAGCCCCAGGAAGUGGAGCAACAGGCAGAGGAGCCGCCUACCAACCAGGCCCAGGAAGUGGAGCCACAGGCGGCGGGGCCACCUGCCGAGCAGCCACCUGCCAUGCAGCCGCCUGCAGCUGCUCUGACACCUGCAGCUCCUCCGCCGCCUGCUGCCGCUAUCUCAGCCGCACUUCCCCCUGCAGCUGCUCGGCCCCCUGCAGCUGCUCGGCCCCCUGCAGCUGCUCGGCCAACUCUCAUGGCCUUCUGUAACAGACCUCUGGCCUUUGGACCCCGUCCCACAAGAAUGUUCAUGCUGCGGUACCGGCUGCAGGGCCCCCAGGUGUACCCCAGGCAGCCAACUAGGGGUGCCUUCCAGAGGAGGUUCUUUCAGCAGUAA